AUGGGUGGCGCCGUGUCAAUUGGCAAGAGCGACUCCAACUCCGCCAAGUUUAAGACGGCGACUGGCCGGAAGCUGACGAUGCGGCACACGGUUCGCUUGGACACGGAGACGGCGCAGAAGAUUCAGACGAUGGUGCUAGAGAUGUCACGCACGGGGAGGGUGGAGCUCACGUCCAUGGUGGAGCGCGAAGGCUCCGGGGUUUCCACCGGUACGCUGACCCAGAACGGCUUGCUUUCGUUACACCACGUCCCGGAGAUCGUCUUCUCCAUGCCGCACCUCACGGAGCUCAACUUGAGGUGGAACGACAUCUCGGAGCUGCCGAAAGAGAUCGACGCGUUGGUGGCGCUGCAGGUCCUCGUCCUGUCCAAGAACAAGCUCACGGAUCUCCCUGAGAACUUGACCAAGUUGACCAAGCUUCGCGUCCUGGAGGUCGCGAGCAACCAGCUGACGGCGCUACCGGAAGCUUUGGGCAACAUGGAGGCUCUUGAAGUGAUACUCGCGAACCGCAAUCAGCUCGCGAAGCUUCCAGAGAGUAUCGGCCGCUGCCAGAAGUUGCGGGUCCUCAACGUGUACAACAACGUGCUCACCGAGAUCGGGAAACCUGUGAGCAUAUUGGGGGAAUUAGUGGAGCUCAACGCAAGUAACAACCAUCUCACGAAGCUGCCGAACGAGCUGCCGCUCUGGAAAAACUUACGGCGAUUGCUGCUGCAGGUGAAUCGUCUUCGGUGCUUACCAGCGCUGGACGCUCUGAGUAAUCUGGAGGUGCUGCAGUUGCAGCAGAACGAGCUGAGGUCGCUGCCCAGCAUGAAGAACCUCGUGCACCUGGUCAAACUCGACGCCAACAGUAACAACAUCACCUCACUCCCCGUGGACGGCAUCUCUCACAUGACGGCGCUUGUACAUCUCAACUUCCGUCGCAACCAGCUCAAGGAGAUCCCGGCUCAGCUUACCCGUUGCUUGGCUCUGGAGAUCCUGGACCUGGGUGUGAAUCCUAUCGCUUCCCCGAUACCCCGCACCUUCGCUGAGCUCUGCAAGUUGCGUACUCUGUUGCUGGAUGGAUGUGAGAUCAGCUUACUGCCCAUCGAGCUGAUAGGCCUCUGCAGUGUGGUCCGCGUACACUUGGGCUCUUGCUUACGGAUGGACGACCCUGAAACGUGCGAGGUCGUGCUGGCACUUCGAGAUAGCUGCACACGGAAAGGAGGCUGGCUCAAAACGGGCCAUUGGAACACCGAGCGCCGGACCGAGAGCAUGUCUUCAGACUUCUGGGAGCUUUAUGAUGAGAUGGAGGGCCGGAUACCGGACGAACCUGAACUCAAGAGUAGAUAUAAUGGAGGAGAGAGCACUGCCAAUAACCUUCCUGGUCGCACGUCGUUCACAAAAUGUUAA